AUGAUCGCCCGCUCAAGCUGGCGCAUCACGGUUCCACGCCUGCAGCCUGUGGGGCGCGCCGUGCACCGCGCGCGGUACAGCAAGACUGCCGCGACUCCUGGCCCCGAUCCCGACGAGCCACCCAGAGCUGCGGCGCGCGAACCGUAUGGGCAGGAGUAUGGUGCAGGUCCUUCGCGCCUCCCGUACGAGCCGCCAAUAUCACUGGCCGCACGACAGGAGCCAGCGGUCGCCUCCGAUGCCGCCACCACUGCACGGCUGUCGCGCACGACUUCACGGCAGCUCCGCAAGGCGCUCAACUCGAUCUCGGACGCAGGACGGAAGGCGCUCAGAGGGCCGAUGGAGCGUUCUACCGCCAACGUCCUGCUGACGCGCGCCGGUAUCAAGGUCGAGGCGCUAUCACGGCUUGAACUGCAUUCUCUGCUGCACGACCUGAUCCGACUCGAGGCGACGUCGCUCGCGGUAUGGGUAUGCGUCGACGUCCUAGAGAAACUCAAUCCCUCGUCUAUACCCCGGAAGGUGUUCGCUCCCUCAACACUCGUCGCGCUCGGGAAGUUGGGAGAUGGUCAAGAGAUCCUUCUACCACCAUACUUCCAACAUCCUCCUGGCCGUAUCGAGCAGCCACCCAUCGAGGAGCAGCAGCCAAGGCAGAAAUCAGAGUAUCUCACCUCCCUCCUCAAUCUGCUGGAGCUCCUCCAGCGCGUCCGCCAUCGACGGCCACAGGAGCUGUACCGCCUCGCCAUGGUACAGUGCCUUAACGAGCUGAGGCCAGACGAAGCCGCCAAGAUCUACGUCAGCCUUGUGGAGGAAUGGAUUGUCGAAGGCCGCAUCGCUGAGGGUGCGGAUCCCAGCGACUUUUACGCUGGUGGCGGUCCUCCACGUGAACCGCCCAAGACCGACUCGCCGCUGUUAGCGAUGUGGUUUAGAGGCGUCCGCACCUGGUGCUUGCCGGGCGAGGCGCUGUCCCCACACGAUCGCCUCGACCUGUGGCACCCCCAUCAUCACUCACUCCACGAACGCCUCCGUGGCUUUCCAAUGCCCAUCCCAACAUCUCCACCGUCACUCGUCCCCAACCCCUCCAUGCAUCUCCUCGCCAUCAUCAUCAACAACCUCGAGCUCGACCCAAGGAAACUCAGCCCGUCCGACUACGCUUCCAGUGUGCGUGCCCUGGCGAUGCUCGCCAACACGGUCCUCUCGCGUACACUUCCUGUCCCCGCCGUCCCGUCGAUACUCAAGGCCUUCUCCGACUCGCACAUGGAGCCACGAGUCUACCCAGAGUCGCUCACCGAGGUGCCCGAGCGCGGUGGAUGGGCGUACACCGCCAACACCCAGGUGCACGUCGCGCUCGUGUCACUCAUGUUCUCACCGCCCAACUAUGCGCGAGCUGCCGAGAUCCAACGCCGCUUCACGCCCGAGCAGAACAUUCCUCACGAGGUUGGCGCGGCGAGGUAUAUGCUUCGCCCAUUGGGAUGGAAGUCUUGUCUCGUCCUCAUCAAGUAUGCUGCCGAGACUCUCCAUCAACCGCGUCUAUUGGGCCGUCUCUUCGAUUACAUGAAGGCGACCUUCACGCAGUGGGAUACACCUGCUCUCAACAUCUUGUUCCGCGGGUCGACCCAAACGCGCGACAACGCUUUGGCGACGGCGGUUGAAGAGAAGAUGUUUGCGAGCUCUCUUCUUUCGGCUGUCAAGACUGAGACUGAUGACCAGGUCAAGAAGAAGAUGACGGAGGAGGAGCAUGAGCAGCAUCAACUACAUGGCCUUAUUUUCCCUCCCGGGACACAGUACCUGAACCCACGCAACGUGCCACGGCAGGUUUUCAAUCACGACUCGGAGAUAGAGGCUCUUCUUAACGGCAUCGACAUGGACACGGUGCGCGCAGACUCGCAUAGCCUCGUCGCGCUUGCCAAGCACUUGACGGUGACUGGGCAAUUUGAUCGUCUCGUCUUGCUCGUCUACACUGUCCUGCCUUACUUGGCCGUUUCGCAAGCAACGCCAAUUGAACAUGUUCGAAGGCUCGCCGAACUCACUGGCGCAGAGAUCUCGAAUCGCGGCCGUCUUCUACCGACAAGGCUUCCUCCCGAGCUCUUCGCGGUGCUUACCGCUGCCAUGGCCAAGUCGGGCUAUACUGGGCUCGGGCAGCGCCUUUUCAGCCUAGCUCGGUCGUUUGAAAAGCAAGACGAAACCGCCGCAAGAGAAAAGCUGUUCGCAGAGCCAAAGGCGAGGGCAGGAAAGCGUCACGCCUGGGAACCGCCGCAAACCGAGGGCCCCGAACAAACCGCGACCACACGCAUCAACCCGGCCGCGUUCUACUUCAUCUCGAUUCACAUGUACACCUCCCUCAUCCAGAUUUACGGCAACGAGUCGCGCCCCCGUCCGAAUGCGAUCGACAACAUGCCGCGCGGAUGGAAGCCGGUUGGCGGGCACAGGUUCAUGACUCGCCAGGAAGCCGGCCACAGCAUGGCCUGGGAGACGUACCUGGAAGCGAUGAAGCGAUGGCGCAUGUCGCGCGACCUCUACGACCGGACCUUGAGGCAGCAUGAGGCCGGUCUGGAAGUAGAGUUACCUUUCACCGACCGUGAUCUGGCCGACCGCACCCCGGACGGCCGCUUCUUCACCGCCAUCAUCCGAGUCUUCAAGAACCGCUGGGGUCUACAAACCAACGACCCGCUAGACCGUCUCUCCCGCGACAAAGUGUACCUCCUACUCCGCGACAUGCACGAUUGCGGCGUGCCUAUCCCCCCUGGCCUUGCGACCAAACUCGCCACGGGCGUCGUCCAAGGUCCCUACUACCCCGAUGUGAACAGGACCAAGACUCUCCUGCGCAAGCGUACCUAUGCCCGCGGCGUCAUCCAAAUUCAGCGCAAGUUCGGCUUCCGCGACAGGACGCCCGAAGCCUAUACCAAGCCUCCAGAGGUCCAACCCGAGCCAGUCAGGAAGUAUGUCGACGUCAAUGAGGGCUUUGCCGAGCUCAACCGCCGGCGUAUAGAUCAACUGUCGCCUGGGGAACCCGAGGACGAGGAAGCCUCCGAACCCAGCAAAGUGCAGCCGCAGGCCGACGCGCCCGCCAGCCCGGCCGAUACGGAACUGGUGUCACGCGAGGAGAACGAGGAGAACAGGAAGAGCGUCGACGGGGAGGAGAACGAGAAGAACAGGAAGAGCGUCGACCGGGAGGAGAACGAGAAGAACAGGAAGAGCGUCGACCGGGAGCAGCACGAGGAGAACGAGAACCGCGCAGCCUUCUCGUCGCUCGGCGUGCAGUAG